AGUGGUAUUUCAGCUUAAUUUGAAAUACCUACAUGUGAAAAUUACGAAACCUUUUUCGGGUAGUAGUAUAAACAAAUAAUAGCAUGAUUUGUGAUAUUUGGCAUAAAUACCACUCGUGAUAUUUCAAAAUUGUCUUCAAUUUCACUCGCCUAAUGGCUCGUGAAAUUACGCAUAACAGUUUCCAAAUAUCACUCGUGGUAUUUAUGCCAAAUAUCACUACAAAUCAUGCUAUUACCUAUACUAAUAAGGACGUGUUAUUGGUAGUAAUAUCAAAAUAAAGUGGACAGUCGUGACGCUGCCAUCCCCAUUGAGAUUCUGUAAUAUUGAUCAAAAAAGGUGAAUAUUGUUGGUCAUCUUUCGAUUCCAUAUAAUUUUUUUUUUCUCCAGGAAAAGGUUAAACGAGCUGGCUCAAGGUUUGGGACCAUACCCAGCUGACUUGGAAACAUCUCAAGGCUUUAUUGACGGUAAGCGUGUGUAUGCUGCUAACAACUUCUUGAAACCAAUUUACAGUGUCCCCGGUAGUAUAGCAACCCAGGGUGCAAAGAAAGUCAUUUUUACAGCUUGCCAUUCGGGCAAGCUGAAGCCAACAUUUACUAGCCCAAACAUCAUUUCAACUAGCCCCAAAAACGUUUUGAUUAGCAGAUGGUUUUUACAGUUCUUCUGUAAUUUGAUUUCCUCAAAAAACUUCACUUGCCCGUGGGCCAAGUUAAUAACAGAAUUCACUAGCCCGAUAGCAAAAUCCACCAGCCCCGGGCUAUCGGACACUACUUUCUUUGCACGCUGCUGGACCCUUCGACUCAGGAUAGUCAGAACACUACCGUGGGUACCAGAGACUCUACGGGCGCGUUUUCCUCCGGGCUAAGAUCUGUCAGCCUGCGGCCGACACUGCAAACAUCGCGCUAUACGCGGGUGGAGCUUCCCUUACCCUCCCUACCCCUGAUCCCCACGAAGGUGACUUUCAUUCCCAAUGUUUGGCUAGCCUUCGGACACAAACGUAUUUCUAUUCGUCGCUUCCCUCCACCCGAAAAGUUACUUUAAGCUACUUUUCGGGUGCAUGGAGAGAAGCGACGACCAGAAAUACGUUUUUGUCCGCAGGCUAAUGUUUGUUUCGCCUUAUCCUUUUUUUUUUCUUGCAGCCUCAACGUCACCUAUGUAUGUGACUUCCCCAUUGCUGCACAGAUCACCUUCCCCGGAACAAGGGAAAACUCCAAGACCUCCAUCAGAAGCAAGGUUAGAACAUCUGACUAACGAAUAGUGGGCUUGGUUAGAAAGAGAAUCCCGAAAAACAUCAUCAUCAUCAUCAUCAUCAUCAUCAUCAUCAUCACAAUAAUAACGAUAAGCAAACAAAACAAAAACAAGGCAAAACAAAACAAAACAGAAACAAAUAGACAGCAAUGACGUUAGCAUUCAAGUAAAUAAAAAAUAACAUGAGGGCAGACUUUGUUAACAACAAAUCUUGCCGGAUGUGGCUGUAGUUCAAUCUUCUUGUGUACUUUUGAUCCUUGUUUGUCUAUUUAAGGACGACAGGCGUUUUGAUUUCCAUUACUCCAUUUAAAAUUCCAUCUUAUAUAUGAGCAUGAUUUAUUUAUUUUAGGCCGACAGGCAACUUGAUAGUUAUUAUAACGCCAUGUUCCAGUACCCAUUUUUCUGUGCUGACGAAACCUGUAAUUUAAGGGGUUCAAAGAAGACAAUUAUUAUGACUAUUUUUAUCCGUCAUCUGUAAAUGUAAUUAUGUACUCUGUCCGUUCUUUGUAGACCUUCCCCAACACGGAAGCCGAGGGCACGUAUCCCUAACCUACCAGAAUGGGGAAAAGAUCUACCAGAAGAUGUAAGUAAUUUUCCACUCACGACCAAAAUUAUGUAGCUUAUUUGCGACCAAAACAAAAAAAAACGCGCUACAUAUCUGCACCUCCUGCAAUCGGCGACAAAAUUGUUGACACAUUGUACAGUCGAACUUCCACUAACGGCCACCUGUCUACAACGGCCAUUUUUUUUUUUUUUUUUGGCGGAAAGCCCAUACAUUCACUCUUUUUUCAACCUCUCUACAACGGCCACCUCUUUACAAUGGCCACGUUCUUCUGUCCCUAAGGUGACCGUUGUAGGGAGGUUAAACUGUACUCAAAUAGGGUAACUUCAGAGAACAAAAGAAUCCACACCCCUCCUCCUCCCCCUACCCUCCAUUCGAUGUUGGGGUGUUUGUUGUUUUCUAUAGGUAGCUCGAACAGCGACACAACAUUGCAUGGAGGGGAAAGAGGAGGAAAAGUUUUAUUUUUCCGUUUUUGGAGUCGCCAAAACGUCAGAAAGCCCCUUUAGGGGGAAGCGCCUUAACUAAAAAUGUCGCCGAUUGUGUGUGAUAUUAUCCAGUCAGGUGGAUGAAGGAGUUUCACAGUCAUGGUCAUGAAUUUUAGCGACGGAGCAUCUAUUUUUUGUAUACGUAGCAGAUAAAGUAAAAACCCUUUUUGAAGUCGGUAAAACGUCUGAAAGCCCCUUUAGGGCGAAGUGUCUCAUCUGAUUUUGUCGCCAAUGAAGUGUCAUAUUAUCCAAUCAGAUGUGUUGACCGAGUUUCACAGUCAUAGACAUCAAUUUUGUUGUAGGAGCCUCUGUUUCUGUAAACAUAGUAGAUACAGCGCGCUUUCCAGUUAGUCAAAAUUUUCGGAAAUUUCGGUUCGGUUGAAAAUGGAAAACGUUUCGUUGGUUCGUCCUGCUGGAAAAUUCCCGGAAAAAAUGGAAAAUCUAAAAAGGAUGGGCCGUUUUCCCGGUUGGAACUUUCCGAACGGAAUUUCGUGUUCCAUUAUUUUACACGUUUCUCGUACUUUAUACCAGUUUCAAUUGUUACCAACUCGGCAGCCAUCUUGGUGUCCCAUCGGGUAACGGGCUCGGCGCCGUUCCGGGGUUUACGAUCAAAUGGAACAACUUUUUACCUAUCGGAAAAUCCAUUUUUGUUCCCCCUGAAAUUCCCGGAUUUUUCACCUGAAUGGUAAGCGCUCACAUUGCAUUUUCCAUAUAUGAAAGACAAAGUGUCCCAAACGUUUUGACCUGGAUUGCACUAUUGUAUUCAUCGCACAUAUAACGGCACAAAACAAUGGAGCUUAAGCCAACAUCAGAGUGUUAUUUACAAAGGAAAAGUAUACACAGUCCUCUUGCCAUUCAAUAAAACUAUCAAUAAUUGGACAAUUCUGGUAGACACUGACCUUACGUUGUUUUUUUUUACUUUUUAGUUUCUGGUUCGUCUCCAUUUGUUCAACGAGAAUAGCAACAAAUAUCGUCAGGAACUCAGUGAAAAGACCCGCAGAGCGGUGCGUUCUUUGACUCGAUGUUAUCUUUUCAUACUUACAAUUUUAAGACAUACUGAUCACCAACAUGUUGUCUCCAAACAGCGGUUGUCUGACAACCCACGCAGUUGAAUACUUUAACAAGUUUAUCACUAGGGCCGCAGGUUUAUUAGCUUUAAGCUAUUUAGUAAUGCUCUCACUGAAUAAAGUGUUUACUUACUUGCUUGCUGAAAAAUCACUGCUUUACCUGGUGAUUCACCCCACCAUGUAAGGUAUCCAGAUUCUGGUAUUCGAGAAAAUUUUUCUUCUGCAAUCGGAAAUCCUGAGCUUUGGAAUCCGGAAUGCAACGAACGAUUUGAAUCGGGAAUUCAAUUUCCACUGGCAAAGACUGGAAAUAAGUACCUGUCAUCCGGAAUCCACAGAGUGGAAUCCAGAACCCAAGACUGUCUGGAAUUAACUUACCAUGGGGAGUUAGUGAAUGUCUGCUGGUUAUUCAUAGUAUUAGAACAUUGCAGUCUAAGGAAAUAGAAGAAGCAACUUUUGCUUCUUUCAUCUGUAAGGCCAUGUAACAUUUUUGGAAGAAGUUAAUUGCUGCACAACCAUAUUGCGGUCUUAGUUCGCCCGGGAAUUUGUCUUAAAUGAAAUAUCCCGAAGCCUGGCAAGAGCGAAAGCCACUUUCAGCAUUUUUUGCCACAGUUUCCUCUUAUGGUUUCCUUCUCGCUUAGCUUACUUUAUCGAUCGGAUUUCGUUUUCCUGCUAACAGAUACAAGAGCGGUAUGAACUUCAGAUGGCAGUACAAAAUAGGCUGGCCCAUACUGAUGAGGAACGAGAGGAAGACAUAGGUAAUUCAUUGUAUAUAUUUACUUAAUUUUAUUUUUUCGUAACUGUCAUUUAGUGUCCUUAUUGUCGCGAUCAAGCGCUUACUUUGAAAUGUACCCAGGGCUUUGGUGUUUAGGCUAUCAAGGUGGAGACUCCUUGUUUUCUGCAGUGUGCAAAGAAAGUCGUGUCCAGUAGCCCGGGGCUAGUGGAUUUUACUAUCGGGCUGGUGAUUUUUGUUCUUUACUUGUCCGACGGGCAAAUGCUGUUGUUUUCUUUUUUUGUCGGGGGGGAAUUCAAAUUACAGAAGGAUUGUAAUCAAUCCUGUUGAUCAAAAAGGGUUUUCGGGCUAGUUGAAAUAACUUGUAGGUUAGUACACGCUAGCUACAGCUCGCCCGAAUGGCAGGCUGUAAAACUGACUUUCUUUGCACCCUGUUUCUGUCCCCGUCCUUGGAAGUAUACACCCCGACACCCACCGCCUAUGCCCCUAGGCCCAUAAAAAACUUGAAUCCCAGCGGCUAGCUUGGUCUUUCGGCAAGCAGCUCUCACAUUUUGCUUCCCUAGGGCCAUUUAUUGCUCUUCUUAGUUAGAGCGAUUUUAGUAUGACCUUGAAAUAAAGAAAGCGCCAACAAAACGAAAACAACAAACGAACGGAAAUAGGGUGAUUUGAUUGAUUUAUCGAACGUAUACAAACGUACAUGGGUUUUGGUUGGUUAAGCGAACGCUCAGGCCCAAAAAGCUUCAUGCCCGAGAACUUUCUAAAAAUUAAUUGAUACUUCGCUUUGACGUCAUACUGCAACGCGAUUGGUCAAUCGAACAAUGGCUUCCCCAUAUUAGGGUUUUCUUUGGCGGGAAAAUGAAGAGUCCAUGUUUUGAUCUUUUCACCAAUUGGCUGAUAAAGCAAAUAACGAA